AUAGCAGAUGUUGUCAUGAAAUUUCGAUUCACUAGAAAUAACAAUGGAGGAUCAAUGAAAAGCAGAAUUGAGUCUGUUUUACGACAAAUGCGGAAUAACUCUGGAAACUUGGAAAUAAACCCUUCAACUGAAAUAACUUCAAUCACUGACCAGGAUACAGUAAAUAUGUUCACUAAUGAAUGUGGGGCCCGUUCAGACUUAAUAACAUUGUCUGAGGAGAGAAUCAUUGGAGGCGCUCAGGCUGAGGAGGGAGGCUGGCCAUGGCAGGUCAGUCUACAGACCAACAAUGCCCACCACUGUGGAGGCGUCCUGAUCAGUGACGUAUGGAUCCUAACAGCAGCGCACUGCUUCAGAAGCACCUCUGAUCCUCGUCAAUGGACUGUCACCUUUGGUAUUUCCACAACAUUUCCUACACUGAGUAAAAGAGUGAGAAGUAUUAUAAUCCACAACAAUUAUAUACCUGCAACUCAUGAAAAUGAUAUUGCACUUGUGCUACUUGGCAACAGUGUCACCUUUACCAGAAAUAUCCGUAGAGUGUGUCUACCAGAGGCUACACAGAAUAUUCCACCUGGUUCCAUUGCUUAUGUAACAGGAUGGGGAUCCCUAGAAUAUGGUGGUAACACAGUUCCAGAUCUAAGGCAAGCGCAGGUCAGAAUAAUAAGUAAUAAUGAAUGUAAUGCCCCAAUUAGUUAUAAUGGAGCCGUCUUGCCUGGAAUGCUGUGUGCUGGACUACCUCAAGGCAGAGUGGAUGCAUGCCAGGGUGACUCUGGUGGCCCUCUGGUACAGGAAGACUCACGGCGGAUUUGGUACCUUGUGGGGAUAGUGAGCUGGGGAGACCAGUGUGGCCUUCCAGUUAAGCCAGGAGUAUACACUCGAGUGACAGCCUACCGUAACUGGAUUACCCAACAAACUGGAAUCUAG